AGCAAGGGAUCUUACGUUGGGAAAGGCUCUGCGCAUGAAGAGAACCCAGGCAGGAUUUGGAUAGUCUGUAAGCUUCUAAUGGCACAUGGUCUGAAAUCCUAGAACCGGACAAAAAUCACCCAAACCCACCCUGCCGCCCAUUCACGUUCAAUUCAAAAACUAAUUUUAUUUGCAGAACCUCCGGUUUACAUAACCGACUAUGUCAAAGGAUGAGGAAACUCCCAGCCCAUCUCCAGAGUGGCCGGAAAACACUGUGAUGUAAACAUAUUGGAAAGCCUGGAGGAUACGUCACCAUGACAAGGAAUUUCUAGGAUACUGCUCUAAUACUUAACAUCCAUCCUAACAAACCCCAGCCCAGCCCUUCAAAGCGCACAAGGCACUUCUUCCAAUUACAUGGAUAUACGGUGUGGAAAGACAGCACGAGCUAUCGUCUCCAACCCCGCCUCUCUGCUCGCCAUGAGGGAUUUGCUCUCCCCACCUGUUGCCUGAGGUCAACCCGACGCAACGCCACCCUGAUAAGUCUGGCUUAGCGGGCCACUUGAGUUUCAAUGCUCCACGCUGUUCUAAGAUGAGGGCAUGGAAAGAGGUCGCCCUCACCUUUAUCCUAUUGGGUGCCUCGUUUUUCCUCUUGCUUAUGAGAACCACGCUACCCAAUGGGCAUUCCUACCCAAAGAAAUUAGGGCUUUCAUCAUCUUUACCUCCACCAGCCAUAAAAUUCCAUUCAUCUUCAUCCUCAAGCACAGCGAGGAAGGCAGCACCACGACGGCCUGUCAGAGCUACUGAGGACAUGAGCUCUAUUCUCUCCGAGUUCUCCCUCCUCUUCCAAAGCUUCACUGAAGGUGAACUUCAGAAGAUGAUCGCAACCCUGGUGGACAGAAAGGAGAGAGGAAUGGGAACCGAAUCGGCCCGCAGGACCAAGCGAGCGAGGAAAGGCCCGAAGCCGUGUUCUCUUCACAAGAUUGAGCUGACUGUGAGCGAGUUGGGUCUCGGUUACGAGAGCGACGAGACUGUGCGCUUCAGGUACUGUAGCGGCAAGUGCACGCACGAGCGACGCAACUACGACUUUGUGAUGGAGCACAUGCAGUUAAACAACGGCUCAAGCGAGAAAGGCCGGCGAGGAAGGGACAAUGGAAAAAAAGACAACGUGCAGUACACCCCUUGUUGUCGACCUAUAAUGUUUGAGAAGAAAAUGUCAUUCUUUGAUAACAAGAACAAAUUCUACACCAUUCAGAACGUAUCUGCGAGAGCGUGCGGUUGUGUAUGACAUUUCGGUAACUAUAAAAGCUCAGGAAGUGUGCUUGUACGUUACCAUGGGAACAGCGGAUAUUUAAGGUCCUGCGGCUGCGCAGAAUUCCUCUGUAAAUAUUGGAGCCUCGGAAAGUGUUACCGCACAUGGAACCAAAACGAAGGGCAAAUUGCAAUUUUUACAAACAAUAAAUGGGGUCUGGUAUGCCAACAUGGAACAAAUAAAAGCUACAGAAAGCAUGCCCUUUAAAACAGAAAACAGAGGCCUAAAGCCAUUGGUAACGGUGGAAAAUCUAACUGUAAACGUUAUUCAGCGGGCAUUGAUGAGCAGCACAGUGCACUGGACGCUGGUUUAAGACUAAACUAAAAUAUGGUCACUUCUUAACCAACAACGGAUUGUUGGUUUAAUUUGAUGGGACCGAAAGCUGCUGGCGGGG